AUGAAGAAGAAAUCCGUCUACACGAACAUUACCCCGAUCCCCUCCCACAUUCCCCGUCAGCUGGCCAUCGACAUGCUGCACAGUCAUGGCGAAAUCAUCGAGCUCAAUCCCCUUGUGAUCGGCUACAAACCCAUCAAAGCCCCGCAGACUGCGCCCGCCGAUGAGUUCUUCUCCACAUGGUAUGAAAUCAAUGAGAGGAUUCAGUAUGUUCCGGGUAUAGGAAAGGCAGGAGCAGGCAAAAUAUCCUUCAAGGGCUGUUUUCAUGACAUGCCAUGGGGUCUGCAGACCCAUGUCUAUGCGCCCAUGGGCGUGGACCUGCGCAACAAGUGGCAGAUUCGGGGCAACCAACCUGGCGAGCCUCCCGAGUCGAGGGAACUGGGAAGCAAUGCUCCUCCCGAGGGUCUUUACCUACGCGAAGACAUUGAAAUCAAAUGCAACCCGGCCAUGAUGUCGUUUGUCAAGAAAGAGAUGAAGGCUUCCUCAAAGACCAUGGUUGACCGUCUGGUGAAAAAGGCGGAAUUGAUCGACUCUGGCGUGCUGAAUGCCAUGAUGGAAGAUGGCAAGCUCAAGACCUUGAAUCCUGCAGAUCGCUCCCAGACCUUCCAACAACAAGGCCAUUACUCCCCGUCCUUGCUCUCGCCCGCCCCGCAGUCUGGGUUUCCUCAAUCUCCUGGUGCCCCGUCAUUCCAACAAUCCGCAUAUGCAAGACAGUCCAUGUACGGCUCGCCCGUCCCACAACAACACUCACCAGCGCCGCCUGCCCAAGGUUUGGCGAUUGAGAUGGAAGGAAGCACCCAUUUUAUCCAGCCACCGCCGCCUCAGCAGCAGCAACAACAACUCCAUCCGAACAGGUUCUCGUCUGCAGUGUCUGAACUGUCUGCCAGCUCCCCGAACCAGAGCGACUUCCCACAGAAUAGCAGCCAAUCAGACCGGCAAAGCUAUGCAGAGUCUGUCAGUUCGAUGCCGAGCUCCGUCGCCCACGGUGGAAUGGCUUCUCCUGGCAUGGAGAAGCGAACCUUCAUGGCCGAAUUACCGGCGGGUAACGCACCAAACAGGUCGCCGAGGAGCCCCGACCCGAAUGCAAUGUCGGCGCAAGCUCAACAGCAACAAGCGCAGCAACAGUACCGAUAUAACCCUCAGGACUAUGCUCGGAUGUCAUGA